GAGAGAGACUCAGAGACAGUGAGGAGUGUGAGCGAGCAGUCAACACAUUUAUUGGAUUAUUGAUUUCUGGACACUGAGGAGCAGAAGGUCAGAAGGAGCUGAGCGCGGCGGCGAUGCCCUUCCUGGAGGGAGAUCCUGGGCUGGCAGAGAAAGACGGCAGCAGGAAGGUGGAGUCUCUGUAUCACUCUGCCGGCAGCCCCACCAGGAGCUUCUUCCAGCGGGCUCCGUUCAGCCGGCCCUCCAGCCCGGCCAGGAUGAGUCCCGGAUCCCCCAGAACCAUCUUCCCCUACCAGACUGGACCCCCCCAGCAGGACUCAUCACCUCCCAAGUCUCCACGCAGGCUGAGUUUCAGUGGGAUCUUCAGGUCGACCUCCAGGGAUUCAAACCAGCAACCCUCGUCCUCCCCCGUCAGCAUCAAACUGUUCACCCGCAUCAAGAGAGACAAGGCCAGAGCCUACAGCCUCUCCUCCCCUCCUCCUCCUCCUCCUCCUCCCUCUCGCCCCCGUCAGGAGGAGGUUUUCCACCUGGAGACGUACCUGACGGAGCCGAGGCGUCCGGAGACCAGGAGGCUUCGCUCCUUCUCCUCUCCUCCAGACACCGGACAGCGUUUCUCCUCCUCUUCCUCCUCUUCCUCCUCCUGCUUCCAGCCGCCUCCUCUGGCUCCACCUCUUCCUGUCGGGAGGCUGGUGGAGGUGGCAGACGGCAUGUCGGAGCAGCCGGACCCCGAAGACGCCGUGUCAGAGGAGUCAGAGAGAGACAUCUACAUGCGCUUCAUGAAGUGUCACAAAUGUUACGACAUCAUCCCCACCAGCUCCAAACUGGUGGUGUUUGACACCACGCUGCAGGUGAAGAAGGCGUUCUUUGCUCUGGUAGCUAACGGAGUGAGAGCCGCUCCACUCUGGGAGAGCAAGAAGCAGAGCUUUGUAGGGAUGUUGACCAUCACAGAUUUCAUCAACAUCCUGACCAGAUACUACAAAUCCCCCAUGGUCCAGAUCUACGAGCUGGAGGAACAUAAGAUCGAGACGUGGAGAGAGCUGUACCUGCAGGAGACCUUCAAACCUCUGGUCCACAUCUCACCUGACGCCAGUAUAUUGGAGGCGGUGUACUCGCUGAUCAAGAAUAAGAUCCAUCGUCUUCCGGUCAUCGAUCCGGUCAGCGGGAACGCUCUCUACAUCCUGACUCACAAGAGGAUCCUCAAGUUCCUGCAGCUCUUUGUGUGUGAGAUGCCCAUGCCGGCCUUCAUGAAGCAGACUCUGGAGGAGCUCGCUGUGGGGACGUACGCCAACAUCGCCUUCAUCCACCCCGACACGCCGCUCAUCACCGCGCUGUCCGUCUUCACGCACCGCCGCGUCUCCGCCCUGCCCGUCGUUGACCACCACGGUAAAGUGGUCGACAUCUACUCCAAGUUUGACGUCAUUAACCUGGCAGCAGAGAAGACGUACAACAACCUGGACGUGACGGUGACUCAGGCUCUCCGACACAGAUCUCAGUACUUUGAAGGAGUCAUGAAGUGCAACAAACUGGAGACGCUGGAGACCAUCGUGGACCGCAUCGUGAAGGCCGAGGUUCACCGGCUGGUUGUCGUUGAUGAGGAGUCUCGUAUCGUCGGCAUCGUCUCUCUGUCGGACAUCCUGCAGGCCCUGGUCCUCACCCCCGCAGGUCUGAGCAGGAAGGAGUCUCUCCCCUCUCAGCCGACAGUUUUGGACUCAACAGAACCAGAGACAGGAUGUAAACUUGGACUAGACCAGGACCAGGACCAGGACCAGGACCAGGGACUGCAGCUGGGGAAAGAAACAGAAACAGAGACAGGCUGCAGGGACAUUGAUACUGCUGAGACCUGCCAGCAGGAGGAGACAGAGGGACAGACAGAGAGACAGAUAGAGGAACAGGUAGAGAGACAGACAGAAGGACAACCAGAGGGACUGAUAGAGGGACAACCAGAGGCACAGGCAGAUGGACAGAUAGAGGGACAGACAGAAGGACAAGCAGAGGCACAGGCAGAGGGACAGACAGAGGCACAUGCAGAGGCAGAGGGACAGACAGAGGGACAUAUAGAGGCACAGGCAGAGGGACAGAUAGAGGCAGAGGGACAGGCAGAGGCACAGUCAGAGGGAGAGAUAGAGGCACAGGCAGAGGGACAGAAAGAGGCACAGGCAAAGGGACAGACAGAGGCACAGGCAGAGGGACAGACAGAGGCACAGGCAGAGGGACAGAUAGAUGAACAGACAGAGGCACAGGCAGAGGGACAGGCAGAGGGACAGACAAAGGCACAGGCAGAGGGACAGAUAGAGGGACAGAUAGGACAGCCAGAGGAACAGACAGAGGGACAGACAGAGGCACAGGCAGAGGGACAGACAGAGGCACGGACAGAGGGACAGACAGAGGCACAGGCAGAGGGACAGACAGAGGCACGGACAGAGGGACAGACAGAGGCACAGGACAUGGCUGCUGGUCAGGUGUGUCCUCUCUACCUGGGCUUUGACUUCAGCACUCAGCAGUACCUGAAGUACUCUGUGUUUUACUUCGUGUACUAA